AUGCCGAUACCCACUCUGCCCCUCUUCGCCGCGGCAGAACAGCAUGCGCGCGACGACCCCAACAAAAUCGCGGUCAUCGACGCCACGAAACAAGAAUCCUUUACAUUCGUUCAAUUGCUAGCCGAUGCUGCAGCAUUAAGGAAGCGCAUGGUUGAACAAUUGGGUCUGACUGAGGACCUGGACGAGCGGCGCAUUGCAUUCUUAGUCCCCAAUGGGUAUGAUUACGUCGUCACGCAAUGGGCUGUGUGGGCAGCAGGAGGUGUCUGUGUUCCUCUAUGCACAAGUCACCCAGUGAAGGAGCUGUUAUAUACCGUCGAUGAUUCGGACCCCUCGUUGGUUAUUGUUCACCCAGCUUUCGAGAAGAUGGCACCAGCAUUGCGCGAGGGAUGCACUACCGACAUUCCAUUCAUGGGCCUUGAGCCAUUAAGUCGCAACGAUGCACCGACUAUGCCAUCCUUCUCUCCACCUUUUGCCCUUACCCGUCGCGCUCUGAUGAUCUAUACUUCCGGAACCACCUCAAACCCGAAGGGCUGCGUCACCACCCACGAGAAUAUCACUUUUCAGGCAAACUGUCUGGUCAAGGCUUGGGAAUAUAGCCCCUCAGACCGUCUCAUUCAUGUGCUGCCGCUCCACCACGUCCACGGUAUUAUCAAUGGUCUAGCCGCCAGUUUCUUGAGUGGUACCAUUGUCGAGAUGCACCCAAAGUUUGACCCAAAAGUGAUCUGGGAGCGGUGGCAGGAGGGCGGCUCAACUUUGUUCAUGGCAGUUCCGACCAUCUAUUCCCGCCUGAAUGAUUUUUUCGAUACUCAUAUUCGCGGCACUGAACACGAGAGUGCCGCACGGGCUGGAGCUCGCGCUCUCCGACUGGUGGUCAGCGGAUCUGCAGCCCUCCCCACUCCUAUCAAGUCGAAAUUUGCCGAGAUAUCUGGCCAGAUAUUGCUAGAGCGAUAUGGAAUGACCGAGAUCGGCAUGGCUCUCAGCUGCGGGCUUGAGGUUGAAAAGCGAGUUGAUGGCAGCGUUGGAUGGCCUUUGCCCGGUGUCGAGGUCCGAUUGACCGAAAAAGAAACAGGCAAGACCGUUGAAGGCGUGGACGAAGAUGGCAUGAUCGAGAUCAAGGGUGGGAAUGUUUUCCGCGAGUAUUGGCGCAAGUCCGAGGCAACUUCCUCGGAGUUCACAGCAGAUGGCUGGUUCAAGACCGGCGAUGUCGCCAGACGGGAUUCCACUGGCGCAUACUUUAUCCAAGGCCGUGCUUCUGUUGAUCUGAUCAAAUCCGGCGGUUACAAAAUCUCCGCGUUGGAAGUUGAGCGCAAGAUGCUCGCUUUGGAUGAAAUCCAGGAAGUGGCAGUCGUUGGUCUCGCAGAUCAAGAAUGGGGCCAGCGAGUCGCAGCAGUCGUCAAGUUCCGCUACGGAGCUGUACCUGUCGAGCUUCCGGCCCUCCGUGCGAGCCUCAAGAAUGAGAUGGCCCCUUAUAAAAUUCCCACUGUCUUGAAGGUUGUGGAUGGAAUCGAGCGCAAUGCUAUGGGCAAGGUCAAUAAGAAAGCCAUUGUGCAAAAGUACUGGCCAGACAAGGCAUAA